CAGCUGUUCGGUGUGAGGACACCCCUCACUCACAUCCAGCCGUGUUCAGCGGUGGGAGAGCGCGCUGGAAUAACCUGACAUGUGCCAGUCGGAGGGUGUGGACUAAAUAGGACGGCAGUCUAGCUCACUUUCAGGCGGAUCGCCGAGAGAAUAACGCUCUUAAAGAAACGCUGGAACUAUAGCUUUUCCACUUGAAGCGAAGGCCAGAGAAUAAAUAUGGAGUGCAAAGAAGAGAUCAGCGACUCAGACAGUGGGAUCAUUUUAAAUUCUGGUCCAGACAGCCCUACGUCCCCUGUGAAGGACCUGAGCACUCACACACGGGCCAUGAGGCUUAAGCACCAGGCUCUGGAGGACAGGCUGGAGUUGUGUCUUCUGGAGCUGAAGAAACUCUGCAUCAGAGAGGCUGAACUGACCGGAAAGCUGCCCCCUGACUACCCUCUGCUCCCUGAUGAGCAGCCACCACAGAUAAGGCGGCGCAUUGGAGCAGCCUUCAAACUGGACGAGGGCUUGAUCGCCCAAGAUGGAGAGGAAUCAGAGCUGCAUGCACUCGAGGCUGACCUGGCCCUGCACCGGCAGAUUUAUGAGGCAGCCCGAAGGCUGUCCCUCGAGGAUCACAUCAGCAAGCCAGUUAGGAAGAGCCGGCUGCAGCAAUGCAAGCGUGAGGAGAAGAAAGUGAAGGAGCUGCAGGAAGCUGUGCUGAAGCACCGCAUGAACCACGGCUGUGUUUCACCACAGACCUGCCGAUCCUCCAGACAGAGAGAUUUAUGUAUAUCUGAUGACAGCUCACUGUCUGAUGCCGCCGCCCUCGAUGAUGAUUUAGAGCCAAGUCUACUCUCCCCAACCGCUCUGGACUCUGAGGGCAGUUUCCAGCACUCGGUGACCCUCACCCUUUCCCCUAGUCACGACCCAAAGCAGGCAGGCUCCAGCUCCAGCCUGGAGUAUGAGCGCACACCCAUCCAGAACUCUCCAUGGCAUGAAUCUAGUUUAGAUCAGCCCUACCAGAAACACAAGAAACCUCCUUCUGCCAGCAGCAGCAGGUCGAGCAGUCCAACUGCAGCCCCAACUGACCUGAGACUGGAUGACAUUCCUCCUGCUCCCCAGUUUGUGUUUAAAAGCCUUGCAAUGUGCAACAAUCACACCAACAGUGCUCCUUCCACCCCUGAGCUGCCACUGCGCCGUCAUGUCUCUCAGUCUUUCAGACUUCCCAGACCCAAACCAGAACUGAGCAAGCCCAGCUCUGAGCUGAACCGGGUACGGACCAAGCUGCCUCGCCGCCGUGUCACAGACUUCGCCCUGGCUUAUUCUGUCCAGCGUCUGUAUCAGUCUAGCUCAGAAGACAGCAGCUCGGAACACUCCAUAUCCUCCUACAGCAGCUCGUCCAGCCGAGAGUCUGCCCCUGAGGUGACCAAAUCCUGCCCACCUCCUUACGGCUACCACCGCACCCCUCAGAACAAAGCACAGGGUCAGUGUGCAGCCCCAAACCUGCCCAAAAACAGCCUUCCCCGGCCUGUAGCAGGCCCUUUGCAGGGAAACCCCCACGACAGAACGCCACUUGAGGGGGAUAUGAGCAGGCUGAACCUGGGAGUGACUUCACCAACUGACCAUGCAAACCCAAGUAAACCACAACAAACAGAGGUGACUUCACCAAAGCGGAUGUUUAAACCCCCGCCACCUCCGUACUCGAGGCUGGCCCGAGCCCCUUCAUUGAAGGAGUAUCCCAACCACCCCAGCAGGCUACUUCCUCGAGAUGUGGUGGCAAACGACCUCAAGUCCUGGCAUCAGAAGAACAUCGCUGGAGAGAUGAAGCCUAAGCCUCUGGAACGUCAUGGAUCCAUGCGUGUGAAACGCUUGCCCAAUCAAGAGCCGCCACCGUACCAUCAGAUCCAGGUGCAUAGACAGGUUCCUCCGAAAGUGAUCCUCCAGAGGGCUGCUGAUGGGACUCCUCUGCAGUGGUAUGAGGAGGAGGACUGUGAGAUCGUAAGCCAGGUCUAAUCACAGUCGGCUGGAAUAAGCUAUGCACGGCACAAACUCCUUCAGAAACUUUGUUAAGUACACUUCAAGACAUUCUUUAAUAUACAUCGUCUCUUUCAUCUAUUUAUUGAGCCAAUGGACUCUGAUACUGCCUGCUGGCAAAGUGCUAAUUCUGACCAAGACUUCUGACCAAAAGGUGACGCUGAGCCAACUUGAUAUGGCACAUCUUUUCACCUCCUGCAGACCCUUUCAUCACUCGAGACUGACUGAAAUUUGAGUCUGAGACUUACUUGUAAGGCAUCAUGCCAUCAUAUCAUUAUUGUUAAUAUUAAUACUACUUUACUGGUGUAGUAGAUUUUUUGUCCUCGACUACAAUUUCUUUUUCAAAACGAGUCCCCUGAAAAUGAUAUUGUCAAGUAUAUAUUUGUGUCUGGUACACAGUUUUGCAUAAUGAAGGAUUUCC